GAGAGAGAGAGAGACUGCAGCAUGCUGCAUUGCAAUCACACUAGAGCACAUGAGAAUCUGCCCACAAAAGCACACGUGUGCAUCCAUUCAGCCGUCGCAUCCUCCGCAGCACGAUGUUUGCGAGUGCGUGAGCUCAUUCAAAGAGGGUAACUUGUGUCUUUAGGUGUCUAAAUCUGCUGUUCCCCCCCCCGAACAUACACGCACAUCAGCGACUCCUCCCACUCCUCCUCCGAACCCCCCAUCCACCCAGGUCGACAGCAGGACGGCGUAGCGAUUCCGGACGCAGCGCUGAAACCAGAGCUUCGCCCCUGACGCGGACGCACACAGGCAAGCAGGCGAAGACGCGGCUUUUGGUUCUCGUGUGGUUUGAAGGAUUAUAACGCAGUGAUUUGUUACAGGGAACAGCCGGUGUGAUCCUCACUGAAGAUUUCUAGGAGACCGAGCGCUUUCAGUGGGUGUCUGUCUUGCGUGUGCGUGCCGGUUGUUUUUUCUGAGCCGUUGGACUGACGCACGGAUACUGCAGCAGAACUGCAGGGGCCUGGACGCUAACUUGGAGGACAUGAGGACCCUGUGGAUCCCCCACCCCUGAGCUCCAGACCCCACCGCUGCUGCACAUUCUGCUGAGGUGCUGCUCUCUCCUCUGCUCUGGACAUUUUUUGGGAUGCGUGUGUGUGCUGGUGGUGCAGCUGAGCAGAGCUCCCAGAGGCUGACAGGAUGCUGACAGCUCGCGAUGGAGCUCGAGAUGAAGCUCAGAAGCUGCACAGGAAAUGGAUGAAGCACCAGGCCUUCAUGGCCGAGCUGGCCCGCAACAAAGAAUGGCUUGCCAAGAUCGAACAGGAGGGCGAGGAGCUGAUCCAGGAACAGCCCGAGUUGCGAUCGGUGGUGGAGGUGAAGUUGAAGGAAAUCAGAGAGUGCUGGUCUCACCUGGAGAACACCACCAAAGUCAAAGCCCGCCAGCUGUUUGAAACCCAGAACCACCGCACUACCGACCUGCCCACCAACACCCUCAGCGACCUGGACCAGCAUCUCAACGCCAUACAGGAGCAGCCGCCCACACUUGGCUCCUCCCACAGCACCCAACCCACCCUCCUUCAGCCACGCCCCACUUUCAGCCAGCAGCUCCAGAGGAUACAAUCAAUGGAAGCCCAGAUGCAGCUUUAUCAGGGUGUUGGUGAAGUCAGGGCUGGUGCUGAUCACCGGAGACUAGAAGGAGAGGAACAAGGAGUCGUGACGGAGACCCGAAUCGUGCGUCUUAUUGAGCCUCUGAAGGAAAGGAGGCGGAUCCUUCUCGCCUCAAAAGAAAUGCACCAAGUCACCCAGGACCUAGAGGAUGAGAUUGUGUGGAUUCAGGAUCGGUUACUUUUGGCCUCAUCUACAGAAUAUGGGACCAAUCUGCAGAGUGUCCAACAUUUAAUCAUGAACCAUAAGGCACUGCAGAUGGAGAUACAGGCUCAGAGGGGGCGGGUCGAAGAUGUGCUGGAAAGGGCAGAGGCCGUUGCUGCCCUGCGGACCCCAGAGGUGGAGCUUGUGCGGGAGGGGGCGGGGCAUGUGAGACAGCUGUGGGAGGUGCUUCAGGUAGAGAUGGAACGUCGCACAGUGAUGCUGGAUGCCGUAAGCCACGCCCAGCAGUACUACACCCAGGCAGCGAAGGCGGAGUCUUGGCUCAGUGGACAGAAACUUCAGGUCCUCAAUGAGGAGAAAGGAAAUGACGAGGCCAGCACUCUUAGGUUACUAAAAGAGCAGUUGGCCUUAGAGCAAACAGUGGAGAAUUAUGCAGAGACAGUAAGCUCACUGUCCCAGCAGUGCCGCCGCAUGCUUGAGUUGGGACAUCCAGACAGUGAGCAAAUCACCAAACAGCAGGCUCAUAUAGACCGACUAUAUGUAUCUCUAAAAGACCUGGUGGAACAGAGGAAAACAAAGCUGGAGCAGCAAUACUGGUUGUAUCAGUUGAAGCGAGAGGUGGAGGCACUGGAGAAAUGGAUCACUGAGAGGGAGGCUGUCGCCAGCUCCACUGAACUCGGCCAGGACCUAGAGCAUGUCACGGUUCUGCAAAGCAGCUUUACUCAGUUCUCCACUGAGACACGUGCAGUUGGCCAGAAACAGAUGGAUUCAGUCAAUAAGAUGGUGAAUGAGAUGAUUGACUGCAGUCACUCUGAUGCUGCCACCAUUGCAGAAUGGAAAGAUGGGCUGAAUGAGUCCUGGGCGGAUCUUCUGGAGCUCAUUGAGACCAGAGCACAGAUGCUUGCAGCCUCGUACCAGCUACACAAGUUCUUCACUGACUGUCAGGAGGUGCUGGUCCAGAUCGAGGGAAAGAUGAGACAACUGCCAGAGGUGAGGUCAUGUCAGGUGAGCUCGGCCAACCCUGGUACACUGCAGAGACUCCUGCACUCUUUUGAACACUCCCUGCAGCUGCUGGUCUCACAGGUGCGCCAACUGCAAGAAAACGCAGCUCAGCUGCGUGCAAUUUAUGCUGGAGAGAAGGCAGAUGCCAUUUUGUCCCGUGAGCAGGAAGUGAUGCAGGCCUGGAAAGAGCUCCUUGUUGCAUGUGAGGGCAGCCGUGUGCAGGUCACCACAGUAACCGAUAAGAUCCAGUUCUUUGCUGUGGUGCGGGAACUGAGCAUGUGGAUGGAUGGAAUCAUGGGACAGAUUGGCUCGACUGACGAUGCUAGGGACCUCUCUGUGCUAGACGGCAUGAUGUCCCAACAUCAGAAUCUGAAGAGUAAGAUAGAUAACAAGAGCAAGAACUUUGUGCAUUGUGUGGAGAUGGGAAAGAUGCUGCUCGCUGCACGCAACCCCGCAGCUGAAGAGGUAAAGGAAAAGCUGGAGUAUAUCAUGGCAAAGCAGAAAGAACUGAAUGAGCGAUGGGAGCAGCACUGGGAGAAGCUUCAGCAAGCCCAGCAGAGGCUGCAGUCUACCCAGCCGGGAUCGGUGGAGCAAUCCUGGCUCUCAAUCAAGGAACCAAUCACUCCAAAUACCCGAGAGGCAGGAGGCGGGACUGACGAGGUGGAGGAGCUGAUUCGCCGCCAUGAAGCGUUCCGGAAGGCCGCGUCCACGUGGAAAGAUCAUUUCAGCUCGUUACGACAGGCAGAGAAGAUGAAGGAGGAACUGAACAAGCCACCUUCUACCUCCUCUCUCCUCAGCAGGCAGAUGUUCCCUCUCUCCUGUCUCGUGCCCAGCUCUUCUUCUUCAUCUUCGUCCUCCUCUCUCUUCCGUAACCCUCUUCAGGACUCACUUCUGGAGUCCAAGCCCGGGCCGGACCUCAUGCAAGCCACAGAACACACAAUGGCGAACACACUCGCUCAACGGCUCGGGUCCACCCUGAACCCCUACACGCCCAUCAUGAAUGGCUCCUCCUACCACGGGCUAAACCAGCCAUCAGGGGUCGUGGUGGAGAGUGUUGCAUACCAUGGGCUAAAACAACAGGGUCUUUCAGGGUUGGAUAAUUCCAGCUAUCAGGGGUUAAACCAACAAGUUGGUGUCUUGGGGGUAAACAGCUCCAGCUACACUGGACUAAACCAACAGGGUGUUUUAGGAGAAGACAGCUCCAGCUACCACAGCCUGAACCAUUUAGGUGCUGUGGGGGUAGCGGUAGAGCCCAAAAUGGGAUAUGCUUGGCAGCACCUGAAAGCGGACUGCUUUCAGCCUAAAAUCAACCACAUUCACAAAGCUGUUCCACCUUUACUGGAGGCGCACCGAGCGCAGCUCGCCGGUGGAGGACCAAACAUGCCAGCUCCUCCGAUGGGCCUGGACCCCUCCCUAGAGAUGAUCCACAGUCGUUUACAGAGAGACCCCCGUGGGAGCCGAUCUGACCCGCAGAUGGAUCACUUGCGGCGGGAGAGAGAGUACCGGCUUGGCCGUCAGACCUCCAGCGAGCAGGAGAUCCAGGCACGACUUAACGAGCUCCCGCUGAUCGUUAGGCAGGAACGCUACCGUCGAAGAAUGGAGAGACAGUCGUCCAGUGAGCAGGAGGGCAGCGGUAGGCAGAGAGUACAGAAACAUGACUCCAGUGAUGCAGAAUCUGGGAAAGAGCCAUCUGACAAGAGACCAUCCGGGGAGAAGCGUUCCACUAUGGCUGAGAUUGUUGAGCAAGUGCAGGAGAGAGAAGCUUGCCAUGCGAGGGGAGAGGUGUACAGACCACCCAGCAGCCUCUCUGCACCAGUGAGCCGCCUGGAUCGCCCUCGAGCUCGAGACCGCCCCAAACCACGACGAAGACCUCGUCCAAAAGAGCCCGAGGAGCCACGGAGGUCCCGUUCUGCACCUGCUCAGAGCGUCCCAUUCACACCUCAGCCUCCUACCCACACCGUCAAUCAUGAAGGAUUCCUGUACAGGAAACACGAAGAGGAGGGGAAAGAGAGAAGCCCAAACAGCAAGUCGUGGGUAAAUUUGUUCUGCGUGCUCAAACAAGGGGAGAUUGGUUUCUAUAAGGAUGCACGACACAAAACCACACCCUACAACGAUGAGCCACUUCUCAACUUGGCCAUCUGUGAAUUUGACACUACCAACGGAUAUAAAAAGAAGAAGAAUGUCUUCAUUCUCAGGACCACUGCUGAAGGGGACUACAUCUUCCUGGCUAAGGAUGAGGAGGAUCUGAAAGGUUGGGUCAACAGCAUCAACGGCAGCCUGAAGGAGAUCGAGGAAAUUGCCAAGUGGGAGAAAGCCACAAACUCCUCCACCGACCCCGACAAAUCAGAGCGCAAGGAGCGUUCUGAAGGGGCGGAGCCAUCCGAGGGGGCAGAGAGAUCAGAGAGGUCAGAGAAGUCUGAGCGUUCAGACCGAUCAGAUAAAAUAGAGGCAUCGGACAAAAGCUCAGAAAAGAGGGACACAUCCGAGAAGGAGAAAGGAGAUAGAGGUGAAAGAGGAGAGAGGGGAGAACGAAGGGAGAGAGAGAGGGGUGAACGAGGAGACCGGGGCUCCAGGGGUUCCAGCACUUCGGGAAAAAGCAAAUGACUCAUCUCUCGACACCUUUAUUUACUCAUCCAUCCCUUCAUCCUUCCAGAGAGAAGACAGGACUUGCAUUUCUCUGUCUCUGUCGCUCUGUUUGUCCUGACAGCCUGAUUUCAGGACAGACGUAAUUGUCCCUUGAAUGUGUCGAUGUGUGUCUGUGUGCGUGUGCCAAUGUGUCGAAGAGAACGUCUGUGAAAGCAUAUGAAAUGAACAGUAUAUGAACGUGUAUCCCAGCAUCAGAGGGCCAGUUCAGCCGCCCUGCUCGAUUCUCACAGAAAAGGCACUUUAGAUUAUUGAGGAUGACUAUAGCCCUUAAUAUUUUAGAAGCGUUUUCUUGAAGCAAUAUACCGUACGUAGUAACCGAAUCUGCUUGUUUUAGCCGCUCUGCUCUUCCAAGCGAGUGCGAGAGAGAGAGAAAGUGACAGAGAGAAGUCCUUCGGAGAGAAACCUGGCGCGGCAGUAGGGACAGUGUUCCUCCUGAUUGACAUCCUUACACAGCCCCACACAUGCAUACGCACACGCACAGUGCAUCAUGGGAAAAUGUUUGGUAUGGAACACCAUUCUCUCACCCGAGGCCGUACACGUCUUCCGCCUGCUGCUUGUAGUAAUGGUUUUAAUCAUGCGAGACGCUUCACAGUACUGUGGUGAGCGCGAUUCAGUCCCAGUUACACUCGAUGAAGAGUCUCGAUCACAAUACGUGAAUAUAAUGUGGCAGUGUGUGUGUGUGUGUGUGUGAAUACAACUCCAUCCAGAAGGAGAUCAAAUGUACUAUGUAUAAUCUCAUUGAUCGUAUUUAUUAGGUUAUCACGAUACAAAUUUAAAGUGCAAGGUUAAUCUUCUCUGAACUAAGAGGAAGUACGAUCAAACACCCCCGUACGUGUACAAAUAUGCUGCUUUUUAAUCAUCUCUGCCCCCUUACAUCACUCUCUGAUUGUAAAAUGAUUAGUACACAUAAAAUAGGGUGUUUGUGACUUUGUCAUGCUAUAAAGAAAAAGAUUGUAUAUAUAUAUAUUUGUAUAUAUACUAGUAAACGAGAUUUACUUCUAUGAGCUGCAGCGUCUAAUUACAAAAAAAAAUAUCAUUUUUAACAACGUAUGAAAAUGUAACAAGUUUAAAAGAGUUGUUUAAAGUGCCCCUGGCUGAAUUUAGACAGUAAACAUGCGCGUUAGCCGCCUUUCCCGGGAUCUCUUAUAUACGGAAACGCAACUUUUACUGUUUACGGUUUGUUUUUCUUUUUCUUUUUUUUUUUUUUUUGGCCAGGGCAAAAGAUCAGGAUCCUUGUAAAAAAGAAAUCACCAUUAAAACCCUCAUCAGAGACUGUUUUGUGUUUAAUUUAGAUGUUAAGAGAACUGUCUCUGGACAGCUGUUGCAAUUCCUAUGACAAAGACAAUGAUUUUCCCUGUUGAAAGAGUUAAAAGUGCAAAUCAUAUUUACACAGAUAUAAUACAAAUAAAAAUAUCAGAGUAAACCCGAAUCAUUUAAUCAUCAAAAAAUAAAUAAAUAAAAACAAUAAUAAUUCAAUCAGUCUGUUUUUAAGAUUUUUUUUCCAGUUAUUUGUACUGCUGAUCCUAUGGCUUUAAUUUACAUUGUAAAUCAGACUGGUGAGGUCAAGUUUUUCCUAUCUAGCUCUGUUUUCAACGCACAAACUUGCACAACUGCAAAAUCAUACUAAAUUACUAAAUUACACCGAUUACACCGUGUGGAAACUAGUCCUUACCUAAAUCUGUGAAUAAUCACAUGUGUAAUAAUCCAGUAAUAUUAGGACUCAUCUAAUGUGUUACUUUUUUCUCACUGUGGGUGCCUUAUGAAUGCAUGUAAUAAGGAGAUGUGGGCACCGCCUCCAUUUUUCUAUUCAGUAUGUUCAGAUUAAAACACUCAUUUACAGAUUAUAUUAUUUUUUAUGACAAAAAACAUUGCUUGACCCGAUCAGCUCCAGUAAAACAGGCAAUAUUGAUCUGAUUGUGUGCGCUUGCUUUCAGAAAUAGUGUCACAGAACAUGUGACAGAAAACAGUCACACCCUUCAGUCAGGCUUGGAGUCAAAUCUGCUACUGAUUGGAUGUGUCUUUGAUCAUUGUCAUAGAAACUGCAGAACUAGAGACUAAACUUGUUUUGCACUGUGUAUCUGUGUCUGAUAAAUGUGACUGAGGGUGAAUGAAUGUUAUCAAAUUGCUGCUGUGUAUGUCUCUGUCUUACCUUUGCUGAAGCAACCUCGCUCCUAACCAACUAUGAUUUGAUUUGGACUUAUUUUACUUAACGUUUUGACUCUUCUACAUAUCCAACGUUUGUUUCAGUGACCUUGACUAUGGUCUGCCUGCAAAAAGCACAAUUUUUCCCUGAACAACAAUCUGGAGUAUUGAAAAGACCAUGAUCCCUGCAUUUCUUAAAGCUGCCACAUGAGGUCAGUGUUGCAAAGGCUUUGCAGUGCUAAAAUAAUUUACCCUUUUUUUAAACCCGGAAAUGUUGACCAACAGGGUCACUACAACAACAUAUUUGUCUGUGUUUUUUAGACCAUGUGGUCAGUUUUUGCUUUGUUAAUCCUUGCUUUGUUUCCAGCUUGACCUCACCAGUAAGUAUUUCUAUUUUAUUUCAUUACUGAAGGAAUGGAGAAAAAAGCCCUAAAAUACAUGGAGUGUGUGGGUUGCCCUCCUUUAUUGAAGUCAGUUGUUUCACACAUGAAAUUAAAGAAAAACACUAUUAAGUUGCAUGAAAGAGAAUAUAGAGGUGAUUUCUAUGCAACAGCUGUGCAUGUUUAUCAAAAGGGUUUCAAUCUUCAGCAAAGCACUGAGAUGAUGGAUGAUGAUGAUGAUGAUUGAUGAUGAUGGAGAUGGAGAAAUGAGUGGAAUGAGCAGAUCACUUGUAUAGCUGAAAUGAGACAUUAAAUCAUUUAUGUACUGAUAUCUGCACUAAUUCAUAAAUACAGGUUGUAUAUA